AUGAUUGCUUGGUUGGUGAUCUUCCUCACUUUGGGGUACACCCUGGUUCUAGGGCUCAACUUGUGGAUUUUCAUAGAACAUUGGCAGAUUAUUGAUGCUCCUCCUGCCAUUGUCCACACAGUGAAGUUCCGGAUUCUGCACUGCUUUGGACACCUGAUACUUACAUGGGGGUGUACACUUGAGAAGCUAAGAAUUUGCCGGAUGCCCAGCUUCUGUCAAUUUCUACAUGACCUACUUCCUGUACAAAAGGACCCUAACUUGGUGGUGACCAACCUGCGAUUCGGGACGAUCACUGUGAGGCUGUUCCAGCCUAAGGCAGUGACUUGCUUUCCUCGCCGAGGCAUCAUUUAUUACCAUGGAGGAGCUGCAAUUAUAGGCAGCCUGGAUGCUUACCACAAUUUGUGCAGUUUCCUGGCCAAGAAGACAGACUCAGUGGUGCUUUCAGUGGGGUACCGCAAGCUUCCUGACUACCAUUACCCAGUCUGCUCCUGGGAUUGCCUGAAUGCCACCAUCCACUUCCUGAAGACACUGAAAAUGUAUGGGGUGGAUCCCUCCCGGGUUGUGAUCUGUGGAGACAGCUUUGGAGGUGGACUUGUCACUUUCAUUACCCAGGCCUUGGUGGGCAGAACAGACAUUCCAAAGGUCCAAGCUCAGAUAUUGAUUUACCCAGUUGUCCAGGGCAUCAAUUUUCAGUUACCAUCAUAUCAACAAAACAAAAAGGUCCCAUUUCUCAUCAGAGACCUCAUGAUGUGUUUCUACCGAUAUUUAAGUAUUGACCCCUGCUGGGAAGAUGCCUUAUUGACAGGUGCUUGUAUUCCUGCUAAUAUGUGGGAGAAGUAUAAGAAAUGGUUGAGCUCUGACAAUCUCCCUGAAAGGUUCAGAAACAAAAAUUACAAGCCUGAAUUUCUUGCCCCUUUUAAUGAGGCUGCCUAUCUGGAAACCAGACAUCUUUUUGAGAUAGACAAUGCCCCCCUCCUAGCAGAUGACCAGGUUAUUGCUCAGGUUCCUGAGGCCCUCAUAGUGACCUGUGAGUGGGAUCUUCUCCGAGAUGAUGGCCUGCUGUAUAAGAAGCGCUUGGAAGACCAGGGGGUCCCUGUGAGCUGGUACCAUGCAGAAGAUGGUUUUCAUGGGUGCAUAAUAUUAUUUGAUAGCAAGUUUUUCUCUUUCCCCUGUAUAGAGAAAGUUAUGACUUCUGUAGUCAAAUACUUAAUGGAAAGAUAA